AUGCUGGGUAGGCCCCGCCCCCUGGGCUCCUGAGGCCCGAGGCAGAUAGCUCCGAACCUCGCUAGGGCCGGGGCCGGGGGCGGAGCGGAGCGGGGCGCGGCGGGGCGCUGAGGCCCCCAGCAGCCCCUCCCCCACCGGGCUCGCUCUUUCCGCCGCUCCCGUCCCCGCCCCCCGCUUUGCCCCUCGGCCUCGCCCCUCGGCCUCUCCCGCCCCCCACGCGGGGCAGGGGCAGCGCCCUGGGGAGCUGCGGUCGGUAUAAAGCGGGCGGAGCGCAGGCGGCGCUGCUCAUAGUCGCUAUGCUGCGGCUGCUCCUGCUGCUCGGCUUGGGCAGCGGCUGCUGCCCUCCGGGGGUCCUCUCUGGUCUGCCCCUGGGCUCCCGGAGGGGCCCCCCGGGGAGAGCUCAGCCACCCCCCGCCGCCCUCUACCAGACCCGCUACUUCCCCCAGAAGAUUGAUCAUUUUGGAUUUGAUCAAGAUCUUACAUUCCAGCAGCGGUACCUAGUAGCAGAUCAGCAUUGGAGAAAAGACAAUGGAUCGAUUCUCUUCUACACUGGCAAUGAAGGCGAUAUCACCUGGUUUUGCAAUAAUACGGGUUUUAUGUGGGAUGUGGCGGAAGAGCUUAAUGCCAUGUUAAUAUUUGCUGAACACCGAUACUAUGGAGAAUCCUUGCCCUUUGGAAACAAGUCUUAUAGCGAUUCCAAACAUCUGAAUUACCUGACGUCGGAACAAGCUCUGGCAGACUUUGCGAUACUAAUUCAGCACCUAAAGGAGACAAUCCCAGGAGCCCUAAAUGCCCCUGUGAUUGCCAUAGGGGGAUCCUAUGGAGGGAUGCUUGCAGCCUGGUUUAGAAUGAAAUACCCUCAUGUGGUGGUUGGAGCUCUUGCAGCCUCUGCCCCAAUCUGGCAGUUUGAGGAUUUGGUACCCUGUGGCACUUUCUACACUAUAGUGACAAAUGAUUUCAACAGGAGCGGGCAGUGCUGCUCAGAGAGCAUCCUGAAUUCCUGGGGGGCCAUUAACCGUGUGUCCUCUACAGAUGAAGGUUUGAAGUGGCUUUCCAGUGCAUUUCACUUAUGCAGCCCAUUAAAAAGCAAGCAAGAUGUUUCUGUGUUGAAAGCUUGGCUAAGUGAAACAUGGGUAAAUUUGGCAAUGGUGAACUAUCCGUAUAAAGCUGACUUCUUACAGCCCCUGCCAGCUUGGCCUAUUCAGGUAGUUUGCAAGUUCUUGAAGAAUCCCAAACUGCCAGACAAAUUAUUGCUACAGAAUGUUUUCCAGGCAGCAAAUGUCUACUACAACUACUCAGGAGCUGCAUCGUGCCUUAACACGUCUCAGAGUGCCACAAGAAAUCUUGGGCUGACGGGCUGGUACUAUCAGGCUUGCACAGAAAUGGUGAUGCCCAUGUGCACAGAUGGUGUCAAUGACAUGUUUGAACCUAGGAAAUGGAACUUCCAUGCGUUCUCUGAAGAAUGCUUCAAAUUCUGGAAAGUGAAGCCUCGCCCUUCCUGGAUUCCUUCUGUGUAUGGAGGGAAAAACAUCAGUUCACACAGUAACAUCAUCUUCAGCAAUGGCGGAUUGGACCCAUGGUCUGGAGGUGGAGUGACUCGGAAUAUCACAGACUCUCUCACUGCAAUUGUGAUCCCAGAAGGAGCUCAUCACUUGGACCUGCGUGCCAGUAAUCCCAGCGACCCCAAAUCUGUGCUGCAAGCCCGGGCCUUGGAAGUUCAGUACAUGAAGCAAUGGAUUGAAAAGUCCAGGCAUAAGCACUAAAGUGGUACUGUAAUAAUGGUGGUCAUUAUCUCCCAUUGGCUUCAAUAGGAGCAGGAGCAGGCCCUUAUUACAGAGUUCUAUUCAAAACAUUUUUUGCCCUUGCUUCCUCUCUUCCUUUACUAGCUAUAUGUAUGGUGGCUGUCAGCACUGUGCCUAUCACUGGGGGAUAGAGGAGAUGGCUGACAGUUGCGAGUCUGCUCCAAUAGCAAACCUCAAUCAAUAAAUACAUAAUACAUGGCUUGAGUCACCCAUGGUGGCUUGCUUUCUUGUUCCGCUACUACCAAAUGCUGCAUUGCAUCUUCUUUGCAACAUGCUUGCUUGGAGCCUGAUUCCUGCUAGGCCACACACAUCCUCACAAAAUCAGUUUCCAAAGUUGCUAACGAAGUGUGUGCUUGACCAAAUGCAGGGACUGCUGAACUCCAUGACAAAGCUCUCACUGAUUUCAGCUGGAUCUCAAUGCAGGGGCUGCUUCUCAGCUGGUGUAAAUUGCCAUAGCUCCGACAGGAGCACCAGGUGAGAUCUGCCCUAGCACUUUCCCUUAUCAACACAAACUGCAUGUUUGCUGUCUUCUAUCAGACACAGACUAAUUAGUUAAUACUGUAACCCAAAAAGUGAGAAAGCACAUCUGUUCGGUUAAGUCUCUCCAGGCUUUCUAGCAGAACUUCUAUUGUUUCCAACGUCCAGUUGAAAACAAAACCAUGAGAGGGAGCUGAGUUUGAGUGAUCCCUUGGCUUCAGACAGUUGUCCUCUCUGUACUGGAGAGUUACAUAGGGAUAUAAACCAUUUUGAUAUGGUGAGGGGUAGAGGAGUUAUUUUAGAGUACAAACAAAACCACACUAGGAUGUGAUUUCAGGGAUGGAAAGACUUUUUUUUUUUUUUUUUAAAAAAGCAGAAUAAUAGGAAUCAGCUCAAUAUUUUUCUUGUUUUCAGCAGCGUCUUAAGCAAGUUGUCGUAUACUGUAUGGUUGUUUCUAUUCUCCUCUGCACAGAACAAACAGGACUGGCCCGUGAACACACUUUUGUUGAUUAAUUCUCUAAUUGAUUGGCUGUGCACAAUUUAUCACUUUUUUCCCCUCCCACACUACUUCUCUUAAGUCCCGGGCUAGGAUAUCUGUUGCUGCCAAAGAGAGAUGUGGGUAUUUUCUUCCUUGUUUCUUUCCCACAAACAUUUAACUUGGUUUUUGUCUUUUUUCAAAUCAUCACUGGGAAACUUUUUCUCUAAACUCUCCUCCUAGAGAGGGAACUUGAUACAGUACUUGUGCUAGCUAGAUGGUAUUAAGUGACAAAUAACUGGGGCUGGACCUUGUUUUCUUUUCCCUUUCUGUGUAGUGAUGAGAUUCUGCAUGGUCUGGUUGCUGAUGGUGGUUCAAUAAAGGCCUUUUAAAAAUUGUUUGCAGGGCAAACUAUUCAGAAUGCAGCUAAACUGUUGGGACAGCAUUAACCCAAAGAAUGAGGCAGUGCUCAGCAGGGCAGGUGCACUAGAUGGCUUUCUGUAGGGCUUCCGAAAGAGCCAAACUACCCAAUUUAUGCAGACAGCAUAUUUGACAUUAAUAAAUGGCUGAGGGAGUCCCCUCACUUUGCAGAUUUGGUUUUAUUCACGCUGAAAGCCUUCUUCCAAAAAGCCCCCUUUCUAGGCUAAGGGGACUAGAUAAUUUAAUUUCAGAAAGUCUCAACGCAACAAAUGGACCCAAAGGUCUCUUAAAAUUCCAGUUUUCUUUGUAUUUCUCUGCCUAAAAUACAGCAUUUCUUCUUACUCCAGACAGCUUUUUACAUUCCCACACAAUCCAGCAUUUUCUAGGAACAAAAUGGAUCUUAUUCUGAACCUUUAAUUUUUUUGAUACACUCCUGUACGUCCGUUUCUCUUGUUUGACAGAGCUCUUGGCAUAUCCUUGCUUUUGCUCCAGUGUUCUAGGAAAGGUUGAUUUGAACAAGGAGGCCUUUAUGUUCAGGUUCAGCAAUCUGGACCUUUCAUGCUCUGUCUUUAGCAGGUAAUCACUUUGGAGCCUAUAAAGAGUGAGACCAAAGUAAGCAUCCUAGUGCAAGGGGAAGAGCUCUUUAGAACUGGACUAAAAUCUGUCAGGUGUUAGUAAUCUCCAUUCAAAUGGGUCAGUUUUCUAGCAUUAUGAUGUAAAUGUGUCCUAAUAGGGGGUGGGGGGGAAGGGGUGUGUGUGUGUGUGUAUACGUUACAAUAAAAUAGUGGCCUUAUUUUUUUUGUGUUAAAACAUUUUAGAUCAAAUAAAAACUAACCAAAUUUCCUGCAUCCACUGCCAAACAAAAGUUAAAACUUGAAGACACAAUCAAUAGUAUUUUAAGAUGGCAUCUAGGUUUAUUGUUAACACACUUUAUUGGAGGGCAAGGGAGAGAACUGACCAAGUAAAUCUAAACAUUGGGAAUGCACGAACCACUCAUAACCAAGGAGAGAGAAAAAAGGGCCUAAUCCAACUACUUUCAUUGACUGCCGAGGGAACACUUGUCAGAUCUAAAGAU